AAAUUGUGGAUUCUGAUAUAAAUAUAACCUCAAACUGUUGCAAAUAACCAGAAAUUUUCGAUAACUGUGUCUUAUUUAUUGAACUUAAUCAUAAUUUCAUAUAGGUGUUGAACGAUAGCGAGCAUACAAUAAAUUAUAGUAUAUUUGUAUCUGCGAUUUUGUAUUUUAUUCUACCAUUUUUGAAUCUACCGUUUAUCGUAUAUCUAGCCUGAGAACUGACAGAGAGAAACUUUUAUAUAAAAAAGUUAGAAAAUGAAAUAUUCUACCUCUCCACCAACGAGUCGAUGUCACUCGCCUAUUCCAACAGAAUUUUCGUCUUCAUUGCCAAUGCCAGUUGUUUACAGGCACAACUGUAUGGGUGCUGCAACAAAAUGUUACAAAUAUCUAAGAAAGCUACUCAAGUUUGAACAAAUGGACUUUGAGUUUGCUCUUUGGCAAAUAAUUUUUCUAUUUGUAGCUCCACAAAAAGUUUAUAGAAAUUUCAAAAACAGAAAACAAACAAAGUCACAAUUUGCGAGAGAUGAUCCUGCAUUUUUUGUGUUGCUUACAUGCAGUUAUUCAAUAUCAACCGUUGGUUUUGCCAUUGUAUUGGGUUUAGGAUUCUUCCAAUAUGUGAAGUUACUGUUUUAUAUGAUGUUUAUCGAAUAUAUGUGUGUUGGAUUUUUAACAGCAACAAUAUUUUGGUUUAUAACUAAUCGAUAUCUGAGGAUAGACAAGAUACAGGAUGUUGAAUGGGGCUAUGCAUUCGAUAUCCACAUGAAUGCAGUAUUUCCUCCUUUAAUUAUACUUCACAUUCUCCAAUUAUUUGUCUACAAUGCUUUGAUAAAUGGCGAUACGUUCUCUGCGCGAUUCAUUGGGAAUACCCUUUGGUUUAUAGCUAUUAUAUAUUAUAUUUAUAUUACCUUUCUUGGCUAUGCAAGUAUAGAAAUACUUCAUAAGACGCAUCUGAUAUUAUCCACUUUGCCGUUAAUUCUGCUAACGUACAUUACUACAUUAUGCGCUGGUAUUAAUGUCAGUUAUUUGGUUAUGGAAUUUUAUUUUUAUCGAGCUAUAUAAAAAAAAGUACCAUGUGUAUACACACACACACACACAUAUAUAUAUAUAUAUAUAUAUAUAUAUAUAUAUAUAUAUAUUUCAUAUAUAGUAUUAUUCAUCAUUAGUAUUUAUCAUAUAUGUAUUUCACCCAUAUAGUAUCAAGUAUCUUAAUCCAUAUAGUACCAUAUAUGUAUCUUUAUCAAAUAGUUAUGUAUUAGCAUUGGAAUAAUAAUAUGAUUCCACAUAGAUACGGUAGUUUUUUGACGAUAUCUGUUAUGAGUCAAAUAUUUUUAGUAAUAUUUAUUUGUGUUUCUCCUUUUUAUAUCUCCUUUAGAGAAUUAUUAAAUAUUACGUUGCAAAUCUCUAUAAUAGUAUUUUGUAUAUAUAUAUUUCGUUAUAAUACUGACUGUAUCAUUAAGUUUCUGUUAUUGAGUAUCGAAACGACAAUGGGCGUGUCGAAAAGAUAAAAAAUAAAUUUUAUAUAAUAAACGUG